AUGAUGCCGACUACGAUGCCGGCGAAACGUCUGAGAAUGUAUCAAGUCUACGGUCAGAUGCUAGGAGUUGCCGACUACGAUGCCGGCGAAACGUUUGAGAAUGUAUCAAGUCCACUGUCAGAUGCUGGGAAUCAAGACGAUGAUGCCGACUACGAGGCCGGCGAAACGUCUGAGAAUGUAUCAAGUCCACGGUCAGAUGCUACAGACAACUAG